AUGAUUGAAAAAGUGUUUGGUAUAAACGCUACGAGCGUAACCCUCAAUACCCGGUUUACAUUACUGGCAGAAAUUCUACCUUCACGUGUUAUGAGACCAAGAAAACGCCUGGUUUCACACCCGGUCCCUAAUAUUAGCUAUAACCUAAGAAGCCAGAAGUUACCCCAACAAAUAGCUUAUCACUUGCAGCAAAGUAGUCGGCAAAGAGUGAAGCAACGGCUUGGUCUUCGUAGAUAUAGGAGUGCGAGUAGCUUACCAGGUCUCCGGAGAGCAAAUAGCACAGGCAAUAUAAAUCAAGGAGUCAAAACUAGGCUUGCAUGGACUAAUGCUGAUAGUAAUCUAAGAUGGGCAGCACCAUUCCACAAUACUUCUGGUAUGAGGCGUGGUAGUGGAAUUAGAUUACGGAAUGCACGCAUAAGACUUGUUCGUGGAGGUGUGAGGGGUAGGGGUGGUCGUCAACAAAUGGGCCAACUAAGAGUGAGUGCACCACCUCAACAAAGAAGGGCGCGAGGGGCUCGAGGAGGUAGGGCGAGAGGGCAGACACGGGGGAGAGGAAGGGGUAGGGGAAGAGGGGCCACAACUGCCAAGAAAGUACCAACUAAAGAAGAAUUGGACACACAACUUGAGCAUUACAUGGCAAAUUCCCAAUGGGCACUCGACAAACAACUUGAUGAUUAUAUGAAAGAUGCAGUGAAAGAGGAAUGA